AUGGAACCAACAUCUAAGCUUUUCUUCAAAGUUGGGCAGCAAACAUCGAAGCAUCCUAAACUAAUUUUAACCAUUCAGCUUCUAAUAUCCAUUUCAAGCUGUAUUGGCUUCUUUUGGAUUGACGUAAAAUCUUCGCCUCAUAGCCUUUGGGUUGAUACCGACAGCUCUUCACAUCACGACAAAAACUAUGUCGAUGAUAAUUUCGGACCUACCUGAAGGAUAAACCGUGCUAUUUUCACAGCCAAAGACAGUAGCGUUACUGAUGUGUUUCAAAGAGAAUAUUUAACGAUGACCCCCCCCCUCAAUCUUCAUGUCUAUUGCAACAAAAAUGCAAUUUUUUAAUAUAAAAUUUUAUAUAAAGAAAAUAAUAAUUUUCAUGUCUCUUGCAACAAAUUAUAUAUAUAAAAAAAAUAAUAAUUUUCAUGUCUCUUGCAACAAAUUAUAUAUAUUAAAACGGCGACACGUGUCAGCCUGCCCUCUUGGCGCAGCAUUCCAGACCUUAUGGCUAAUGCGAACUGGGACGGACCCCGAGCCGAGAAUCAGACGCAGGCUCAAGAAGUGUAUACCCGGGCAGGUUUUGGCUGCUUUCCUGUGGUUGGAAAUAGAUGCGCUCAACAACGUCCUUUUGAUCCGAGGACCCAUGGGUAUUCCUCUACCGAGAAACUGGGGGUUUUGCCCAGGCCACAGGGGAACAGUCUUUUUCGUGUAGCUGUCGAAGGAAGGUACUUUGACACCCGAUAGACUCUAAGGAGCUGAUCCUUGGAAUCAAGCUACUCCAAUUGCCCGUAGCAGGGACGUAGAAAUCCAUAAGUCGCCCACUCAAGACUGAAGCCGCAAGGCAAGGAGGAGACAGAAGGUACCGGAAGGGCACUCGUAAGAGGAAUAGACCCUCUGGGCUGGAAUCGAAAAGCAGUAGAACCUUCUGCACGGAAGGUCUUUGGUGACUGUGCCACCAAUAUGGCUAGCGCCUGUCUGUAUAAUCCUAAUCCUCUUGCAGCAAAUUUUAGAUGCGCAUCUUAAAUUUUAGCUAGAUAAGUUUAAUAAAAUGGCGAGCAAUGACAAUAGCCGUCCAAAUCUCGAUGAGAAGGUCAUUGGCACGCCUACAGAAGCGCUGUUUUAUGGGGUUUUUGAGAAACUCACCUAGAGAAAAAUGCAUUAAUUCUUUUUUAUAAAAAUGUUGUGUUGCAGUAGGCAUGAAAAUUUUUUCGAAAAAUUUUUGUUGCAAUAGACAUGAAGAUUGAGGGGGGGGGUCAUCGUUAGAAGAAGUCUGGAAAAUCCAAUCAGCUAUGGAGACUAUGGAAAUUUUAUAUGAUAAUCAACUUCUUACGUUAGACUAUUUUUGCCAUAAGCCAGGGUACAGCUCAAACUGCUAUACAACGUCACCUAUGAAUUUUUGGAAAAUGAAUGUAGACGUUCUUAUGACUGAUUUAUAUGUCAAACAAGUAGCCAUGUGCCUUAAUAACGCAGGUAAUAACGGUAUUUCUUGUUAUGACAGAAAUGGCUUGCCAAUCAGAAGAAACUCCGUUUUUGGAGGAACGUCUUGUGAUAUCGAUGGAAAUGGGAAUUGUUCGUUAAAUGCAAAAGCUCUUAUAUUGACUUUUUAUUUAAACGAUGACCAGCAUACCAUAGAUUUAGGAGCCAGAGUAUGGGAGCGCCGGGUAUUUGAGCACAAGUUAAGGGAUUUUAACAACAAUGAAAAAAAUAAACUAAAAGUAAGCUAUGGAUCUCAAAGGGCUUUGCAUGAUAAACUUCAAAAAUAUGAAGAAGUCAACCCUUUGAUUAUUGGGAUCCCAUUGCUAUUUUUAUUUAUCGUAUUAGGCAUCAUGUUUUCUUCGCUGCCUUCUAAAGUUCACUCAAGGUUCUUACUGAGCGCUGGAGCAAUUUCAAUUAUUAUAGCAAGUGUUGUGAUAGCGAUAGGAAGCUCGCCAAUAUUUGACAAAGACCUUUAUGUUAUUACUAUCCAAGUUUUACCGCUUCUGCUUAUCAUAUUAGGAGCCGGACAUUAUUUUGUAAUAAUUUGGGCAAAUGAUAAAGCGAAAAUAAAUUCUGAUGGAAAAACCAAUGAAAAUAUCCUUGCAGAAACCAUGAAAAAUUCUGGACCGAUAUUGACAGUUGCCUUUUUGUCUGAGUUGACUGUUUUUAUUAUAGGCUGCACAUAUAAUUAUCCAGGAAUUAGGGAAUUCUGUGAAUCAUGUGUAGUGGGGCUAAUUUUCUUAUAUAUAUUCCAGGUGACUGGAUUUCCAGCAAUGCUUGAGCUAGAUACAAGGAGGAUUCAUAAAAAAAGAAUUGAUGUUUUGUGCUGCUUUGACCUUAUAGGAGAUGACAAACUUAUAAGAAGAAACUACAUAAAAAAAACUGUCAAUAAAUAUGGCUUAAUGCAUUAUUUAUUUAUAUAAUCUGAUGUGUCAAAAUUAAUUUUAAAUAAAAGAUAAGCCUUAAAGGAAUAAUGAGAAUAGAGCUUAUUUAUAUAGAGAAAGUAUGGUGAAUUCCUUCUCUUUUCAAUAUAGUCACCAAAAUUUCAUGCGGACUUAUAGCACUUUCACUAAUGCUUUUAGCUUUUGGAGGGAUGGAUAAUGUCCAUAGAGGAUUAAACCCUCAGGUGUUAGCUCCUUCUGGAUCAAAUCUUCAGAACUAUUAUGAAGACUACGAAAAGUAUAUGGAGACUGGGGAAUUAGGAUAUCUCGUCCUCAAAGACCUAAACUACACCAGCAUAAGCAAUCGAAAUUUAAUAAUGAAGCUCAGCGACUCAGUCUCCCAAAUGACUAAAUCUGUGCAAGGCCCAGUUUACGCUUGGAUAAACCCAUUCACCACCUAUCUAAACGUGAAAAACUCAGAAUGCAACAAUACUGAUAUCUCUGAAUACGAUUUUAACACCCAGCUCCAAAGAUUUCUACAAGUUCCUUAUAGCUCUUCAUGCUGCAAAAUGUUCGGCGUAUGUGGAGAACUGUAUAGAAACGACAUAGUCUUCUCAGGAAGCAGCUUCAGCGUAAAACAAAUAAAAACAACAAGGCUCCGUUUUUAUUUUCAACCAUUAAGAUCUCAGCAUGAAUAUAUUCGUGCUUAUCGUGAGCUUAAACACGCUGCAGACAAGUGGGCAAAAGACUUCGUAUUUAUGCCAAAUAAUGCAAAUUCAUUGAUGCAAAGCAAUCCUGCAGAAAUUGAUUGGAUUUCAUCAAAAAACACUUAUAAAAGCGACGAAAAGCUGGUUUUCAGCUUUGGGGAUUUCUUUGAGUACUAUCAGCAAUAUAACUCUAUUAGAGGAGAUACGUUGGAAAAAUACUUUAUUUGCAUUGCAGUGUUUUUGUUCGUAUUUGAACUUUUCUUUGGAGCUUAUGUAGGGUUUAUUAUUACUUUUCUUAUUGCUUUAUCGUCGUGGGCAGUUGUUGGGUUGUGCUUUAUUUUCAAUGAAAUGAUAGGAGGACAUACCACAGAUAUGAAUGCAGUCAGUGGACUAAAUUUCUUGAUAUCAUGCUGCAUUGCAAUAGAGUCAAUAAUUUAUGUUACAGCUGAAUUUUUGAAUAAAUUCGAACAAGCAAAGUCUCAAAAAUCGCAAGCAAGCAGAGACCAAAAUUCAAAAAUUGUGAUUUCUCAGCUUAGUCCAAUUCUGGUAGGCCAAAUUCUUACCCAGUUAAUAGGGAUUAUCCCGCUUGCUUGCUUCUCAAGUGAUUUUUACAGCCUCUAUUUCUUUAGGAUCUAUCUUUUUGCUAUGCUUUUAGGGCUGUUCUAUGGGACUGUUUUGCAGCCUAUAGUUCUUUCUUAUCUUUUCCCUGUGAGAUCGGCUUAUACCUCACCUCCUCCUGUUGAAAAGGAACUUUUAAUGAAGUCAUAA